ACCGGCCGGGACCGGACGGGACAAACUAGUGCUGGUUGUCUUUUUGCUUUAAGAGGCGACGCUCUUGUUUAAGCCGGUGUAUUUCCUCGCAUUUUUGGACCUUCCCUUGCUUUUAACCUGGACAAGUCAGUGGGCUCCUCUAGACACUGGGCAGCGACGCUCAAGUUUAAGCCGGGGUAUGUCCUCGCAAUCUUUGGACCUUCCCUCGCUUUUGACCUGGACAAUUCACUGGGCUCCUCCAUAAAUUGUGAUGAUGACUACUGGGUGAGGUCCAAGAACCAAUGAUGGGAAAUUUACUAAGGCGUCUCUGGAAAUCAGGGCCUUCUGGUGGAUUCGCACCCCGUACUGAUCUGACGAAUAUCCAGCAGCUUGUUUUGGAGUACAACAACGAUCAAACAUGUACUAUCCCAGCACAUCCCUUGGAUCCUUCCAGGACCUUGGAUAUUUACCACUUUUCUGAACUAGAACUCACUCAGAACGUAGAAAGUAAUGAGACGACAAAAGAACUCAUCCAUUUACCGGAGGGGACACGGGAUUUAGAUAAACCUAGAACGAAGCCCCUAUAUUCUUUUGAAGAUAUGCUUGACGUUUUAGUAACAAAGCUCCGGGUCAUUCUUUCAGGGAGGGCAGGAUUUGGCAAGUCUACUCUUUUAUUGAGCGUUGCAAAUGCGAGUACUGAUCCAAAUUCCAAUAUGGCAAAGUUCAAACUUGUGUUCCCGUUAAAGUUGAGCCAAAUGAAAAAGACAAGCUGCGUCCUUGAGGCCAUACGAGACCAGAUUUUACCUGGCAUUGAGAAGGCAGUUUUGAAGAAAGUUAUUGAUGAUUACGAAGCGGAUACAGCUUUCCUAUUGGACGGAUUGGAUGAGAUUCCAUCCCAUGUUCUCAAUUCUCCGGCCCCGGAAGGUGGCUAUGGGGUCAAGGACAUCUUGCAUAACAAGGUGUUGAGACGCAGCACUGUCUUAGUAUCAACUCGGCCACACAUGAUUGACUUUGCCAUCAAGGGAUACCCGCACUACACCAGAUUACAAACUUUGGGUUUCACACUCGACACUGCACAGAAAUACAUAACAUCCUACUUUGCUACAAAAUGUGACGCCAAAAAUGGUGAAUUAUUAAUUUCACAUGUGACAUCCAGCUCAUUGAUGCGCACACUGGCCCAGAUUCCAAUCCUUGUACUCUUCCUGUGCAUAAUUUGGGAUAAUCUGUCAAAACUGCCUGAUCAAUUAACGGCACUUUACACACAGUUUGCUGAUGUUCUAGUCAGUCGCCGUUGCAAUGAAGGCGAGGAUCAGGUGGCGCUGGUGAAAUCAGUCGUGCGUGGACUGGGACCAGUCGCUCUUGAUGGGUUACUAGACCCCAAGGGGGAAAGGCUCGUAUUCUCCUCGGAGGAAUUUGAAGAGAAAGCCUUGAAGGAUGGGUGUCGAUUUGGUUUCCUUCAACAAGAAAGUUUCACGAGUGGCUUGAAGAAGAUGAAGUAGUAGCUUUCGAACACAAGUCUAUGCAAGAGUACUUUGCAGCAUACUACUUUGCCAAUUUGCAUCACGCAAACAAAAAGGAGUUUCAUGAGAGGUUGCAGCAGAUCAAUCCAGGCAAUGUCCGUGCAAUGGAAUAUCUGCUUCGGUUUGCAUGCGGUAUAUCAUCAGGGUCUCUGGCUACUCCGCUCAUCCUCGAGCACGUACAAAAACAACGUAGCAAGGCAGAAUUCUUUCCCGAGAUUAAACUGCAGCCACUGACGCACCUGUGUUUAUUGGAGUCUGGUUGUGGCAAACUGGCUGAUAAGCUAGACCGACCAACUAAAGCGAAGUGUGAUAGUCAGGAGGAUCUGUUAGCAAUGCGCUAUUACUUGCAGUGUCUCCGUCAGCCACUAGUAGAACUUAAGGACUUAACUGUCCGCUGCAGAUCGCAUGAAGAAUUGGCGCCGUUGAGGGGAAUUGAUAGCCUACUGCAUGAUGACACAAAGGUACGCAUUGAUUUAAGUAUCACCAGUAGAUUGCAUGAAUGCCUGAAGCUGCUGGAGGAGAUACUACCGAUUGAUAACAUCAGGUCAAUCAGGAGAUUUCGGGUGUCUGUCUCUUACAAUGUGUCGGAUAAACCAGACGAGGAGAUGCAGACAGCCGUAGUGGUGGUCGAGAGGCUUCGUGAUCAAAUAGAGCUUGAACUGCAGAUUGAUGAGGAUUCUCACCUUGGUGAGCGUGUGUUAGGAUCCCUGUCUCGUGUAUGCAAGCAGAUCAUUCAGAAAGUGGCACUGUGGCUGAGAACGUAUGAUGAUGUCAUUAGACUUGCGAAUGCACUGGCUGGUUGUGAUAGGUUGGCAUGGGUAUUUGUGUACUAUACCAACCUUCACGGCCAUCUGGCUGGUGUAGCCCCUCUUGUUUCUCCGUUCCUGUUGUUGUUGGUAUUAGAAUCAUGUGGACUGAAUGAUGAUGACAUCCAUGACCUGAUCAGCAUCCUCCCUGCUGGGCAUGGUUUGGUGUCGCUUAAUGUUGAAGGCAAUUCAUUCAGUGAGGUUGGAUUGGAGACUCUUACUGCUCAUCUCAGGAAUCUGCCUGAACUACUCCUGUUUAAGCUUGAUUACAAAGGUCCCAAUGCAGAGCGUGUCAAGCAGAUGGUCAAGGAAAAUCUUCCAGAAGUCACGUUUUCUUAGAUAAAUUUUACAAAAAGAUAACAUAAAUUUGUUGAUUUUCUUACCAGUUACAUCACCAACAUUUGAAAUUGGACAGUUGGGCUAUUUCGCUCGAAUCUCUGUGUAACUCUCAGCGCUGGUAAGCAUACAAAAGACAUAUCCUGUGACAAUACACGUUGAGACAGGCACGGAUCCCGGGGGUGGAGGUCGAAACCCCCUUUCUGCUCUGUCACCCAAAAACAAAAACAUAAAAAUUAAAGUAAUAACAAUUACCUAAAUGUCCGCUUGUCUGCUACAAUCGGACAUAAGAAAAUGUAACGGGCAUGACCCCCCCCCCCCUCAGCAAAUAGUCCUGUUGAGAAGUAUUACAAAUUGACAAUUAGUGAAGUACAUUACUUAUCAGAGAAUUUUCAGCGGAUUCGGCGUAUCCAACCAGAGUUACUUUAUUGUCUAUUCUGGAUGCUUGUGUUACUCAAUCUGGUUAUCCGCCUAUGAUCCUUUCUUGUUACUUGUCUGUGUUGGCGAGGUUCACAUCCAACCAGGGUGUCUUUGAGGCUUAUUGACUCUGAAUCGUGGCUGUUUGUAUUAGAUGUGUUAUCUGGACACUUGAGGUGGUGGCCGGGUACUCCCAUUGCACAACCAUUCGGUUCGAUUCCCGUCAAGGGCAAAUGUCACACCGUAUCACGUGGUUUCCAUCAAGAAUUGUUCUCUCUCAUCCGUUUCUUGCUUCUUAGACUUGAAUGUCCUUCCUUAUUUUCUCUCAACUCUAACGAGUCACCUGAGGAUUGCCAGAGACAAAAUGGUGAACAUUCCUGAAUACAUCCGAGACAACCACAUUUAUACAUAUCAUGGAGAUUUUAACGUGUUGUGGCUUUAUAGUCCCAAGAAUCUGUUCAAAGUUCCAGGGUACAGCUCAACAACUCGUCAUUUUCAUUUUCGAUCAGAUCUGGAAUUGUGCUGCCGUCAUAAUAAUGACUCACACAGCGCUGUUCUGAGCAAGUGAAACUUUAUAACAAAUUAAUAAAAUCUUGCGUAAAUAUCCACCUAAUGUAUUGUGAAAAAAAAAAUUGUCAGAGAUUAGUCUAUGCUUCGCCUGAAAGAAUAAUUAAUCAGUUAAAACAAGAAGAGUUUUCUUGAGCUCUCAAUGUAACAAGUCAUGUGACACGUAUGUAAGAACUUAAUGUGAAUGUGUAUUUAGUCUGGUAUCCUGUUUUAUUAAACAUCUUCAAGACUUAUUUGCAUUAUGUUUCAAUUGUUUACUGUUUAUUACCAGUAAAACGAUGUCAAGAUUUGUCAAUUCCAUUGUCUCGAAGAUCAGUUUGACAACUGGCAAUGAUGGUGACAUUCCAAAUUAUCUCUAGUAUAUUACAACUUACCAAUAGUACAAUAUGGUACUUUUUUGCAACAUUAUUGCGUUUUCGGUUUGUUUUUCAUUUUACCUUAUUCAGCAGUACACUAAUCGUAAAUUUACAAACGUUCAAAAUCCAUGGUAACCGUGAUUCGUUACGAAUCUACAGUUUACUGUGAAUUCGCAACGAAUCUACAGUAAACUCUCGAUUCCUAAUAUAAUACCUCUAGUAAUCUACACUUUCAAUAAUAGUGUGAUAUCACAAAGGAAGUUUUAUAUUUAAGACAAUUAAUGUAUAUAACAAGCUGAUGCAAACGAAAACUUCAAGCUAUAGUCGAAAAUAUAUUCAUGGAUUCAAGAGCAAGGUUUUAUUUUGUAAUUGUUUCAUUUGUAUUUGAAUCUAAAAAUGAAAUCAAGGUCUCCACAACUUUUCUGUGAGACGCUCCACUAAUCUAACUGUCCGUUUUGGUAAUCAAUCGCAUGUCUGUGCGUCCUGGAUUUAUUUACUUGUACGCUUCUUUGUUUAGAGUUUGAUGUUAAUCAUUAAUAUAAAAUGAUGUUUUUUCCAAAUUGUCUGCUUCGUUCUGGAAUGGAUAGAUGUAGUUAAUGAUGCAAGGUCAUAAUAGUUCCAUGUUACUUUCGCAUCGUCUAUGACUACAACUUUUGGUUGAAUUUAACAGAAAUUCGUACCCAAACAAUUGGUUAUAGAUAUGUUAUGUUAUAUUUUAUUCCAAAAAUAGGGAACAAACCCCAUGACCCAUGAAAUUAAACAUACAAUGUUUAAUUGGGUUAACAAAGAAUAUGCUUUGAAAUUACUUCAUACUUUGCCUCUUUUUAGGAUUUUUGCAUUAUGCAUUUUUUGUUAAACCAUUAAAGCCAGGCUCCAUUUUACAAAUUUCACUGAGUUAUAGAACAACCCAAUUUUGGGUAAAGUUGCAGUUUUCACCAUUUCUUGUGUAAAAUUAACGCAGGCAUGUUGUCAGUGUAUUUCUUAGCACUUGUUGAUGUCCAGGAUUUAAUAAUGUGUUUUUUGUUUAUGUUUACCUGCAAGAAAAAGAUCGCAAGUUUCUGGCUUCAAUGAAAGUAAAACAUUAGCACUUAGGUUAUAAAUGUUUCAAUAUCAAAACGAUUAGUUUUUUUGAAAUGUUUACCCUAAAAUUCAACUUGUGUGACGGGAAUAUUUGGAUGGACUUUUUUAUUUUUGUAACUGUUUCAUAUUUUUGCAGCUGGAUUAUUUCGGACAUAGUGAACAAAAAUAAAUGAUAUUAGAGAUAUUGUA